ACACCCCCUUUUAAAAAAACCUUCCCUUCUUUCUCAGUAUCAAUUCUAAGACAGAAGAGUGGCAAGAGUUAGGCAAUUAGAGUUUAGUGACUUGCCCAGGGCCACACAGAUAGGAAGCAUCUGAGGCCAGAUUUGAACCAGGUCCUCCCUACUCCAUCCACUAUGCUAUCUAGCUGCCUCCAAAACACACUUUUAAGAUGAAUCUGCACCAUUAACAUUUUUCCUAACAUUUUCUUAAGUCUAGACAGUCAAUAAUAUGUCAUCCUGACACAGUAUUUGCUCAUUUCAGAAGUGUGACUAUUUCCACUGAACAUUUAACAAUUGGCUCUCUCAAGCCAGAACAAGCCAUACCCAGUGUACUACCAUCUCGGAUCAUUCCUCGAACUAUAAGGACAUUUGAAGAAUUCCUACACACCUCCAAAGAGUCAGAAACUGUCAUACAAUUCUGUCGGGCUGUGGGAGCAGCCCAGGACCCUUCCUUUUGCUGAUUGCCUGCCAGGCUAGACCUUCAUGACUCUGGACUACAUAUGUAGAUGCUGCGCUGCUGCCGCUGCCUCCCAGAACAGCUAUAUAAAUAUUUAUUUACAGGACAGUCAUCAAGAGAAUAGAGAGAGAUGCUGAUUCAUUGCCUUACACUGAAACCCUCUCUUUUCCCUCCCCUUCCUUCCUCUUUAGGAGGGAGACAUUCUGAGACCGCAUCUUAGAACGAAGUUGGCUUGACAUAGUCUUGUUUGUCUGUUUCCGCCUUUAUGGCUGACUGCCUUUCUGAUAACUGCGGAUAGAACUUUCCUUCACAGGGGGUUCCCCAGGCUGCCUGUCCUUCAGCCCCCAACAAUAACUAAUCUAUGAUCUCUUUUCUGCUGGGGUGGAAGAACAAUGGAAUUCUUGAAAUUCUUCAAUCUGGAAGUGAAUGGCACCAUGGUGACAAUGGCUCUGGUAUUGGUCCUCCUGGUCCUUCUGAAAUGGUAUUCUACUUCUGCAUUUUCCAGCCUUGAGAGAGUGGGCAUUAGACACCCUAAGCCUCUUCCUUUUAUUGGUAACUUGACCUUCUUCAGACAGGGUUUUUGGGAGAGUCAUAUGGAACUGAUAAAGACAUAUGGACCACUGUGUGGGUACUAUCUCGGCCGUCGGAUGUACAUUGUAGUGUAUGAGCCACAAAUGAUCAAGGAGGUUUUGGUGAAGAACUUUGGCAACUUCACCAACAGAAUGAUGUCAGGGUUGGAGACCAAGCCAAUUGCUGACAGCAUCCUGUUUCUGAGGAACAAGAGAUGGGAAGAGGUCAGAAGUACGCUGACUCCUGCUUUUAGUCCUAAAAAGCUGGAUGAGGUGAUUCCCUUAAUCAGCCAAGCCUGUGAUCUUCUAUUGACUCACUUGAAGCCUUAUGCAGAGUCUGGGGAAGCUUUUGAUAUCCAGAGGAGCUAUGGCUGUUUCACUCUGGACGUGGUUGCCAGUGUGGCCUUUGGAUUCCAGGUGGACUCUCAGAAGAGGCCAGAGCAUCCUUUUGUGAAGCACUGCAGACGCUUCUUUCAAUUCUCCAUUCCUAAAUGUGUUCUCAUUUUAAUUUUCGCAUUUCCAUCCAUUAUGAUCCCACUGUCCCGAGUUCUGCCCAACAAGAACAGAGAUGAACUGAGCGCCUUUUUUAAUAAUGUCAUCAGGAAUAUGAUCACUCUGCGAGACAAGCAAGCUGAAGAAGAGAGACGAAGAGAUUUCCUCCAGAUACUCCUAGAUGCCCGUGGUGCUCCUUCCUCUGCUGAAGUCAGUCAGAGUGCUCAGAAUGGAGACUCUUCCAUCCCCCAAGCCACAUCCAGAGUGCUACAAAAGACCUUGACUACAGAUGAAAUAGUGGGACAAGCCUUCAUCUUUCUAAUUGCUGGAUAUGAAACCAUCACCAAUACUCUCUCCUUUGUCACCUACCUGUUGGCUACCAAUUCUGAGUGCCAGGAGAAGCUCCUGAGAGAGGUGGAUGAAUUCAGUGAGAGAAACGCUGUCCCAAAGUUCUGCACACUGGAAGAAGAAUUACCCUACCUGGAUAUGGUGAUUGCAGAGACCUUGAGGAUGUACCCACCAGCUUUUAGAUUCACUCGGGAAACUGAAAAAGACUGUGAUGUGAUGGGCCUCCAUAUUCCAGCUGGGGCUAUUGUGGAAAUGGCUGUUGGCUAUCUGCAUCACAAUCCAGAAUACUGGCCAAAUCCAGAGACAUUUAUUCCAGAAAGGUUUAGCCUGGAGGCGAGGCAGCAGCAUCUGCCCUUCACGUACCUGCCAUUUGGGGCCGGUCCUCGCAGCUGCAUCGGCGUGAAGAUGGCGAUGCUGGAGAUGAAGCUGACUUUGCUCCGGCUUCUCCAGAAGUUCAAGUUUGAAAUCUGCCCCGAGACCCAGGUGCCCCUGCAACUGAAAUCCAGAUCCGCCCUAGGACCCCGAAAUGGAGUCUACAUUAAGAUUGUAUCCCGUUGAAACAGUGGUGCCCCUCUCUGCGAUUUUCUCAGCCGAAGUCCUUCUCCUCCCCGGAACUCAGUAUCCCAGGAAUCCUCUUAAAUGGAAAGAAGCCCACUGUAUGGAUAUCUAACUUACAAAAAUACAUUAUAAAAAUAUAGUCUGUGGAUACUUCAUAUGCCCAUGUAAGAAAUGAAAAAUAUGAUGCCGGGUCACCAGCCCCCUCGACAUUUAAUAAAUGCUUCUUGUCACUUG